UUCAAAAAGGCCACUGAUGCUGUUUUGAUCCAGAAGAUAUGGCUACUUUCUUGUUAUAUAGUUUCUAAAGCUCAAAAGAGUUCCUGCUCUAGCAAUGGCAACAGACCAGAAUCUCAAAGAUCUCCAAUGGGCUCUGGAAGCCAUCAAAUCAGAAAGCCUCAACCUACACAACAUCUCCUUCUACCUUUCUCAGCCCACUUCUGGCUGCUACCAGGAAACAGAAAGCUCCAUCAACAUAAACAUUUCAAAAGACAGUCUGUCUUACUUUUCACAGUUCCUCACAGUUUUGGGAACAGCCAAAACCAACCAGCUGCUUCUCAGAAACUUGGAGUUCCACCAGAUUGAAUGGGAACUACAACGACUGCGCAAUCUUGCUGUGUUGCUUGAGAGUUGUUCAAACAUCAAGCAAGCUGUGUUCAAGAGAAACAGAUUUGACAAACAAUGCCUGUCAGAGUUGUCUGAGAUUCUGAAGAGAAAUAGAGUGAUCAAAGAGAUAAUGUUUUCUGAAUCGGCUAUUGGGUCUGCUGGAGCUGGAUUUCUUGCUUCUGCUCUUAAGGUGAAUGAGAGCUUGGAGGAGCUACAGAUAUGGGAAGACUCUAUUGGGUCAAAAGGCGCAGAAGAGCUCUCAAAGAUGAUUGAAGUGAACUCAACACUGAAGCUGUUGACAAUAUUUGACUCGUAUUCGAUCACUGCAACUCCACUUAUUUCUGCAGUGUUAGCAAGGAAUAGGACUAUGGAAGUCCAUGUUUGGAGUGGAGAAAAUGGGGAAAGAAGUUCUAAGGUGGUUGAGUUUCUACCUGAGAAUAGCACACUUCGAAUUUACAGGCUCGACCUUUCAGGUGCAUGCCGGGUUGCCUGUGCUCUCGGGUGGAACUCAACUGUCAAGUCACUCGACAUGACUGGUGUCCGGCUGAAAUCAAGAUGGGCUAAGGAGUUUCGAUGGGUUUUGGAACAGAAUCACAGCCUCAAAGAGGUAAACUUGUCCAAAACUUGCCUGAAAGAUAAAGGAGUUGUGUAUGUGGCAGCUGGACUCUUCAAGAAUCAGAGUUUGGAGAGCUUGUAUUUAGAUGGAAAUGCGUUCGGAGGUAUAGGAGUUGAACAUUUACUAUGUCCUCUGAGCAGGUUCUCUGCCCUACAGUAUCAAGCAAACAUUACUUUAAAAUCUGUCACAUUUGGAGGUGGAAGAACCAAGAUUGGAAGGGAGGGACUUGCAGCCAUUUUACUGAUGCUGACGACCAACGAAAGUUUGACUCGGUUAGGGAUAUAUGAUGAUGAGAGUUUAAGAUCAGAUGACUUUGUUAAACUCUUCAAAAGUUUGGAGAAGAAUGCUGCCUUGAGACACUUAUCUUUACAGGGCUGCAAGGGUGUUCAAGGAGAGUUGGUACUGCAGGCAAUCAUGGAGACAUUACAGGUAAAUCCUUGGAUUGAAAAUAUUGAUCUUGCAAGAACACCACUGCAAAACUCAGGAAAGACCGACGGGAUUUAUCAAAGAUUAGGCCAGAAUGGGAGGCCUGAACCAGAAAUGGAUUUGCUUAAGGACAUGCCACUUACAGUACCCAAGAGUUGUAGAGCAUUUUUCUGUGGACAAGAAUAUGCAGGUAAGUCUACAUUGUGCAACUCCAUAUUGCAGAGUUUCUCUUCUUCAAAGAUUCCCUAUGUGGACCAGGUAAGAUCUCUAGUGAACCCAGUUGAGCAAGCUGUUAGAACAGUUGGGAUGAAGAUUAAAACUUUCAAAGAUGAGGACACAAAGAUUUCAAUAUGGAAUCUUGCUGGUCAGCAUGAAUUCUAUUCUCUCCAUGAUCUCAUGUUCCCAGGGCAUGGUAGUGCAUCAUUCUUUGUCAUCAUAUCCAGUUUAUUUAGGAAACCAAACAACAGAGAACCAAAGAACCCAAUGGAGAUAGAAGAGGACCUUCAGUAUUGGCUCAGGUUCAUAGUCUCAAAUUCAAGAAGGGCUGUGCAGCAAUGCAUGCUACCAAAUGUAACAGUUGUACUCACGCACUAUGACAAAAUCAAUCAGCCAUCAGAAAACUUGCAGGUUGCAGUUAACUCAAUUCAGAGAUUGAGAGACAAGUUCCAGGGAUUCGUUGACUUCUACCCAACAGUGUUCACAGUUGAUGCAAGAUCAUCAGCAUCAGUGAGUAAACUCACUCAUCACCUUCUAAAGACAAGCAAGACAGUUCUUCAAAGAGUCCCAAGAAUCUAUCAGCUUUGCAAUGAUCUGACACAAAUAUUAUCAGAUUGGAGAUCAGAGAACUACAACAAGCCAGCUAUGCAGUGGAAGGAGUUUAAUGAGCUAUGCCAAGUCAAGGUUCCAUCCUUAAGAAUUCGAUCGAGACAUGACAACAAAGAGAAGGUGGAAAUGAGGCGGCGGGUUGUUGCUACUUGUCUUCAUCACAUAGGAGAGGUAAUUUAUUUUGAUGAACUGGGGUUUCUAAUCUUAGAUUGUGAGUGGUUCUGUGGUGAGGUGCUUGGCCAACUAAUAAGACUGGAUGCAAGAAAUCAAAGCUCCACAGAGAAUAAUGGAUUCAUCAGCAAGAAGGAUUUGGAGAAGAUUCUAAGAGGAAGCUUACAGAGUCCGAUUCCUGGAAUGGGUUCAAAGGUAUUUGAGAACUUAGAGGCCAGUGACCUUGUGAAAAUGAUGCUUAAACUGGAAUUAUGCUAUGAACAAGACCCAUCAGAUCCUAAUUCCUUGCUCUUGAUCCCCUCAAUUCUCGAAGAAGGAAGAGGAAAGCCACAAAGAUGGCAAUUAAGCAGACCUGAGUGCCUUUAUGCAGGGAGGCAUCUUGAAUGUGAUGAUUCAAGCCACAUGUUCCUCACACCAGGCUUCUUUCCUAGAUUACAGGUGCAUCUGCAUAACAGAAUCAUGGCCUUGAAGAACCAACAUGGAGCGACUUACAGACUUGAGAAGUACCUAAUCUCCAUAAAUAUAAAUGGAAUCUAUAUCAGAGUAGAAUUGGGAGGACAGCUGGGUUACUAUAUUGAUGUCCUCGCAUGCUCUACCAAGAACCUGACAGAAACCCUUAGGCUCAUCCAGCAGCUUAUAAUACCAGCAAUUCAUAGCCUCUGCCAUGGUAUCACCUUGACUGAAAAUGUGAUAAGACCAGAAUGUGUGCAAAAUCUCACACCUCCCAGAUACAGGAAAACACAAUUUGCUUCAUUGCAACAAUUAAAACAGGCACUACUUUCUGUUCCUGCGGACAGCAUGUAUGAUUACCAGCACACCUGGGAUCCAAUCUCCGACUCUGGAAGGCAAAUCCUAAGAGCUGGUUUUGAUUUGGCCCGAGACCUCCUAUCAGAUGAUGACUUCCGUGAAGUACUGCACCGGAGAUAUCAUGACCUAUACAACCUUGCUCAGGAACUGCAAAUCCCACCUGAGAAUGACCCGGAUGGACCAGAGAAUGCUUUAUCAACAAGUGACCAGCCUGACAAAGUUGAUCCAACUUUUGGUGGAAUUGCCAAAGGGGUUGAAGCAGUUUUGCAGAGACUGAAGAUCAUAGAGCAAGAAAUCAGAGACUUGAAACAGGAGAUCCAGGGGCUGAGAUAUUAUGAGCAUAGACUCCUUUCUGAGCUUCAUCGCAAAGUCAAUUACCUUGUGACAUACAAUGUCCAAAUUGAAGAGAGGAAAGUACCGAAUAUGUUCUACUUUGUUAGAACAGAAAACUACUCAAGGAGAUUGGUCACCACCAUGAUUCCUGGCAUGAAUGCUCUUCGACUGCACAUGUUAUGUGAAUUUCGACGAGAAAUGCAUGUUGUUGAAGAUCAGGUAGGGUGUGAAAUGAUGCAGGUUGAUAACAGGACCGUGAAGUCUUUGGCACCAUACACCACAAAGUUCAUGAAACUGCUAACAUUUGCUCUCAAGAUAGGAGCCCAUCUAGCCGCUGGCAUGGGCGAAAUGAUACCUGAUUUAAGCAGGGAAGUUGCCCACCUGGCUGAUUCUUCCCUCCUAAUUGGAGCAGCAGGGGCAGUUGCUGCAGGUGCUGUCGGGGCUGCAGCAAUUGGGCGUGCAGAGGGAAGGAACAGAAGUAGGGCUGCAGAAAGCUCAAGAGAUAUCCAGCAAGAUCAAAGAACAGCACAACAAUGGGUUCUGGAUUUCCUAAGGGACCGGAGAUGCUCAACUGGAAAGGAUAUAGCAGAGAAGUUUGGUUUAUGGAGAGUGAGGUACAGAGAUGAUGGUCAGAUUGCAUGGAUCUGUAGGAGGCAUAUUAACCUCAGAGCACAUGAAAUAAUUGAAGUGCCACUUUGAAAAACUUUGCAUCUAAAAUGUUUAUGAUAAAUAAAAGUCAUUUUCCCUUUGAUGUCUUCUAGAUAAAAAGUCAUUUUCCCC